AUGUUUGCGACCGGUAGAAAACCGCGGGUCGAGAUUCCGUACGAAAAUCGUCAAAAUUUGCCAAAUGGUUUGAGAGGUUGGUAUGUACAUAGACUUCUUGUAAAUGCUGUUGCAAUGUGGGCUUCACCUCGUUACGCUUGUUAUAUUUUCAUGAUGUUAGAUGAACUUCAUAGACAAGAACGUGAAGAGCUAGAGAACAAGCUUGAAGCAAAAGACAAAAACAUACAGAAAAGAAUACCACGUUCGGUACCAAAAGGAAAGGAAAAGAACUAUAAGUAUAUGAUUUACACUGAAGAGAUGGAAAAUGAAGAAGACAGAGAUAUGGUUAUGUUGCAUUUAGUCAGAAGAAACAACAAAAGCUUUUACGACCUUGCUAAGAUUUACAAAUCUGACAGAAAUUGGUUCUAUCGCGAAAACUUACCGAUUUCAAUGACACCAAAUGAAGAUGUUAAACAGAUAGUUCAAGAUACGUUACCUCAAACACACUAUGAUAUUAAAGGUUGUACAAUACUUACAUUCAAAGAAGAUUUGUCAUUGUUAAAGGAAAAAAUAACAGAGUAUUUUGACAACUUCAAACAAGUAGAGUAA